CUGCUAUGGAAAUGAACUUCAUACACACUUUGUGAUUUACUUCUUACAGCAUACAUGCGUAUUUCUACAACCACUGUGGGUGUUACUGAGAAACUGGAACCAAAUCAUGCAGGCAGUUGAAACUAUUCAGAAGGCCCUUUCCGAUCUUGACCCUUGCAAACUUAAAGUAUUGGCAGUCUCCUCUGUGGGAAUUGGAGGUCUUCUAUGCUACAUGGCAUGGAGGAAAAAAACAAAGAAAAUCCCAGUUGGAGAUGGCUGGUGGAGAGAAGGAGAGAAGCCUCUUUCAGAGGACAGGACUAUACGUCCUUUUGUUGUGGAGACCUCUGAAGAAAUGAUACAGGAUCUUUACCAACGCAUCGGCCAAACAAGAUUCACAGAGAGUCUGGAAGAUGGCCGGUUCCACUACGGCUUUAACUCUGCCUAUCUUAAAAAGGUGGCCAAAUACUGGAGGCAUGAGUUUGACUGGGAGAAGCAGGUUAGGGUGCUUAACAAGUACCCUCACUUCAAAACCAACAUUGAGGGUUUAGAUGUGCAUUUCAUCCAUGUGAAGCCUGUCCAGCGUACUGGACAGAAGGUUCUGCCUCUCAUGAUGGUGCAUGGCUGGCCUGGUUCCUUCUAUGAGUUCUACAGGAUCUUGCCUCUGCUCACUGAGACUGAGGGAGACUUUGUAUUUGAGGUCAUCUGUCCCUCCAUCCCAGGGUAUGGCUACUCCGAAGCCCCACGUAAACAAGGAUUCAGUUCCCUGGAUGCUGCACGUAUCUUCCACAAGCUGAUGGACAGACUGCACUUCACUGACUAUUACAUACAAGGGGGAGACUGGGGAUCCCUUAUCACCUGCAACAUGGCCCAGAUGAAGCCUGAGUAUAUUCGGGGUAUGCAUCUUAACAUGAUCAACGCCAGGGCAGGAAGCACAAUGACCAUCGUCUGUCUCCUUGUUGGCCGUUAUCUGCCUUUCCUGGUGGGAUUCACCAGAGAAGAUGUGUGCAGAAUCUACCCUUACAUGCAGAAGAAUGUGUAUGAAUUACUACGAGAAUCUGGCUAUAUGCACAUCCAAGCCACCAAACCUGAUACUGCAGGCUGUGGGUUAAAUGACUCUCCAGUUGGUCUGGCUGCAUACAUCUUGGAGAAGUUCAGCACUUGGACUGAUUUUAAGAACAGGGACCUUGAAGAUGGCGGUUUAGAGAGAAAGUUUAGUUUGGAUGACCUCCUCACCAACGUCAUGAUCUACUGGACUACAGGCUCCAUCAUCCCAUCCAUGCGCUUCUACAAGGAGAACUUGGGCUCAAGCUCAAACUUUUACAAAAGACUGGACAAUGUAACAAAGAUCUAUGUUCCUACGGGACUGGCAGCAUUUCCCCAUGAGCUAGUACACUGCCCCAGGGUCUGGGCCCGCUCGAGGUUCACAGACAUCCGCUCCUACACCUACAUGCCGCGAGGAGGUCACUUCGCAGCCUUUGAGGAACCUGCGCUGCUGUCCCAGGACUUGAUGCAGUUUGUGAAGAAAGUGGAGAGCAAGAGGCCUAAAUAACUACUGCAUUCCAGUGCCUUUUGACAUAGAGCAUGAACUACUUUAAAGGGAAAUGUGAAAAAUCUGCAAAAGCAAAUUAACAAGGCUUUUACUUUGAAAGUACUGAAGAACUAAAUAGGGUAUGAUUCCUUACGGCAGCUACGCUGCCUUUAUAUGCUUUAAAUGUGCACAGGGAUAUUGCGCUUUCAGUAUAUGGGUGGAAGCUAUAGAAAUUAGCAGUGGCAAACUAAUGCUAGGCCUUUAGCUCAUGCAAUGAAUCUCAAAGCUGAAAAUGAAAAUUUCACAUCAGCAGUAUUGCUCAUUUCUGCCAGCGCACCUGUGGGACUCUAGUAGUAUGUUAGCAUAAAUUAUGAUUCACAUUAACAUGUUUUGUUUGGUUCAGAUUAAAGAAAGAUAUGGGAAACUUAUAAAAGAGGUUCCAUGUUUUAUUUGAAGCUUGUAAGUAACACAUUAACAUGACUUGUUGUUUUACAGUGUGUCCUUUUCUAUUUCAAGAUUCAAAAUGAAAGUUUUACUGUUAUAUGCCCAGUAAAACAGGUGGUUACCCUGUACGGUGAAAUUCUUACUUUGCUAGUCCUCCACUCACAAAGAAACACCCACAUCAAUAAAGAGCUAGACAUAAAUAAGUAGACGCAGUAGUUAAAAUGACCUGUGGAGUAUUUUGCAAGGAGCAUGACAUUAAAGUUAUGUGUGCAGUAUAGUGCAAAAAGCAGAGAGCAACAGUCAUAAAGUGACAUAAGGCAGCGGUCACUGUGCAUUAGUGGGCAGUGUGUGGAAGGGCAGGUGUCUUGGAAUUGACCAGACAGAGUCCUGAGUCUCAUAGAAAACCUGUGAAAUGACCUGAAGAGGACUGUGCAGUGGAGAUUGCCAGGCAAUUAUAAGGAGCUUUUAUACAAGAGAGAUAUUUUCUGACUUAUUUACUUAAAGGGCCCACAUCUUACAUUUUUUCUUAUAUUUGAUGUUUAUUUUUUUUCUUGAGAUCUGCUUAGAAUGUUUACUUUUUAUGUACUAGUCCUAAUUAAUUUUCCAAACUCUCUUCAUCCUUUAGA